AUGAGCAAUGAAGCUUCUGACAGCCCGGAAGACGGGGAAGUUUUCGAAAUAAACGAUUUCACCGUCAUAACUGACCUCGAAGAGUUUGCUGUUUCUGUCGACGGUCUUGUUACAAAAUGGGAUUUGGUUGGCAGAAGACCCAUUUAUCCGGUUUUUUUCUUUAGUUUUAAAUUAUGUAAAAAAAAUUCGUACAGGAUACAAAAGAGAUAGUUUUCGAGCGUCUCAAAACUGAGCUGAAAUAUGGCGAUGCUGACAAAGUUAUGGAUGCCGUCUAUGUUUUUCCUAAGAAAGUUGGUUAGAAUUUUUCUUCUAAAACUUCUUUUUUUUUCCCGGAGGAGAACGAGGAAACGGUUAAAAAGCACUGUUUCGCAUUGAGAAAGAACCUCGAAAACUCAAAGUCGGAUUUCAAGCAUAAUGAUUAUAUCACUAAGAUGGUUGGUUUUUCUAAUUUUUUUCUUAUGUAAUUGAGAAAAUUUUUAGUUUGGCUGCACUGAAUACGUGCUUUUAACUCCACAAGGAGAAGAGAACAGUACCAGCGAAGAUGAUAGAAAUUUUGUGGUCAGUGCGAUUCGUUCAGCUCUUCACAGCAUCCGAUGGUGGGUAUCUAUAGAAACUUCUCAAAAAAGCCAGGAGUUGAAAAAUUUUAGUGAGGUUCCAUUUUUCGUGCAGUUUAACGGCGAAGAACGACCCCUUUACUUUGGCUUCUCGUCCGAUGGAGAGAUCAGUUAUCAGUUUCAAGUUUCCUAUUUUCCUCCUUACAGUAAAAAUUGUAAAUUAAUUCAGAUGUUGUGCCUUUAUCAAAUAAACAAGCGUCAUACAAACCUGAGCGGCCUUUUAUCUCUUUUCAAGGAUCAUUUGGUAAGAAAAAAGUCACUUUUCUUGAUUUCUGUGUCUGUUUCAGCGCUGUCCCCCUGAGAUUAUGGAUACGGAUGACAUCAAAAUUUCAGCUAACUUUCACUAUUCCUUCGAAGUGCAUACUUUUGAACUUCUUCAAAAAAAAAAGUUAAUUUUAGGAGUAUAACCGCGGCGAGAUCAAAGUUCUUGACUCGGAAACUUUGCUCGGCCCUCCGAUUGGUUUCAACAAAAGACAUCCAUUGUGAGUCUUCCACAUCAAAAAAAUCUACUCCAAAUAUUAUUCCAGAAAAGUUACAGUCACCGCUGGCUGGACCAAUUUUCGUGAAGAUGCUCUAAUCGAAAAUGAGGUAAAAUAUGAAAACAAAAAGCAAAAAGGAGCCUUUUUUUAGUCGCACAGCGAUUUUGACCCGAUUCAUGCGACGGACUGGAAGCUCUCCACCAACUUCGAAAUAAAUCCAGGACUGCUCAGUAAGAUUUUUACUUUUUAAACAAAAAAACGAAUUGUAGGUGCAGCCAUGGAUGAUUUUGCCAAGAGGAAGAAGGCCGAUAAAAAGUCGGCAAAGGACCAACUACGAAUGGUUGAUUCUAGAGGUUUGUAAAAUUCAAACCUAUGAAUUUUGUGUAAAUUAGUGAUGUUCAGCAGCAGAAGCACUUGGACUUUUGACCGGUCGUGACGGGAUUGCCAGCCUACGGAUUGGAGAAAAAUCAGCGCCUUCGGACCCGAUUUCUCCAGAUUCUCACUGGCCUCUACCUGGAGUGACAAAAAUGUUACCUUCAUUUUUGAAAAUAUUCUUUCAGACACUUGUUGUCGCUUGGCUUGGUAUGAUUUUUCAUGGCGUUGAGGAUUCGCGCGAGAUUAUUGAUGCUGAAUUGAAAGAAUACUACACUGAAAAACAUCACGUUGCAACGGGCUGGCAGCGAAAUGAUGCACCGGUAAGAUAAUUCUAAAAUCUUUGAAACAUUCGAAAAAUUUGCAGAGGUCUCCGGAAGAAUUCCUGAAGCGGUACGGGAACAGUGAACCAGUGCCUGAUAUGAAAUCUCUGGUUAUUUAAAAAAAUUGUGGAAUUUAGUUUAUAUCUUUGUUUCAGUUUCCGGAGCUUAGAUUAAAAGCAGCGCCAGAAGACUCCAUCAGUGAACGCUUGGCAAACGCUUUCGCCCAUGCAAGAGUUUCUUUCCCUGAAACUCACAUCGAUUCUCAGCUGUGGUUGGCGUUCACUAGAAGGCUUCGUAACUAUUACGACACAAACCAGAGCAUUGGGUUUUCAAAGCCCCCUUUAUGUAUAACUUUUCUUUUGAAGAUUAUCGACCGAUAUCGAUCUCUCCUCGAGUCUGCUGAAUCAAAAGUUACAACUUUUUGAAGCCUGCAUUGAGGCGAAAAAAAGACGCCACUUGCUUUUGGAUUCGGGUCAUGUAGAUACAAACGACGCGGGUACCGGUGAGUAUUCAGAAACUUUUCGAAUAUCGUACAAAUCUUUAUAGACGAAGACGACUUUUUCGAUGCAAAUAGCGAUGUUGGCAGUGAGCCUUCAGAUCCCGGAAAAGUUGAAGAAAAAGAAGAGCAACGAGGACCGAGGCCUCCUGUUGGGCGCCUUCAUCAACUGGGAAAGCUUUGUCUGAUUGACAACCCCGAAGAAAAGCUUUACGUGCCGAUCACUCAGGUGUUUCAAAUAUUAUGAACGAAUCAAAAACUAUUUUAGGAUCGGAGUCCGAUGACUGAAGAUAUGCUCGAACGGCAUUCUCAAUAUCUUUUUUCACUGAGUGAGGAGGAAAGAGUCGAGGUUGGUUGGGAAGCUUAUAAAAAAAAUUUUUUUAAUACCAGGCGCAGCUAGAUCCACUUCGCAGUGACAUGUCGGCCUUCAAAGCGGCGAAUCCUGGGGCUCAGUUAGCCGAUUUUCUCAGAUGGCACUCAAACAAGGAUUAUGAUGAGGAAACUAGUGAGUUUUUUUUAGGCUUUUGACAUUUCCUGUAGCCUUCAGAAUGGCUGAGUCCACUCCGGGAGAUUUCUGAACUCAGUUCGGAAUAUGCUUCUAGCGCGUAAAUUAUAUCUAAGCAUCUUAUUUAUUUUGCAGCGUCAUUCCAAAUGCAACCCAAAAUUUAUCAUUUAAAUUAUUUCUUCAGAAACCAUGUCCGAAAGGAUGAGUACCCCUGGGAAUUCUUGGAUCCGUUGCUGGGAAUCCGCGAACCCCAUCCCAGUUGUUUCUCAAGCAAGACUUUUCAAUGAAACUAAAUUAGCGGAAGAGGUAAUAAUACAUUCGGAAGAUUUUUUAUUUUUUUUUUCUUUCAGAUUCUUACCAAUUUUGAGAGUAUUCCUAUGGAGAAAGUUUGUGACCUCCUGCGUCCCGUUUUCUUUGCCAAUGCUUUCCGCGAACUUUGCAUUGCUGGUAGGAAAACUGCAAACCAUACUCGUAACUCAGUUUUUAUUAGCCAACGAUUUGAAUCAUGAUAAAUUGAAGAGCCUUGGAGAUAAGAUCAAAAAAGCGACUUUCAGUGGACACGAGUGAGUUUUUUUAUUUCCGUUUUUGAACCUUCCGGAUGAUUUCUUUACAGUGACGAUUAUAAUGAUGCCGUCACGGCUGCUGAAGAACUUGACCAAAGAGCUUUAUGUAUUCUCCAGGUCAAGAACAAGUUCUACUCUUCGGUACGUUUCUGGCAAAUGUUUCAAUUGCAGAGCGAACUUUUUCCAGGUUCCUUCAACUGAUUUGGUCAAGGUUCCCGGGGAAAUCGACAAGCUUGUACGCAACUGUGUGGAAAACUUCUUUUUGAAGGAGUAAGUGGACUUUUUGAAACGAAACUUUCAAGUUUCUCUAAGAAAAACAACAAUUUUCUGAAAUGAUACGAUGAUGUAACCCUAAGAAAUCAUUUUCUUUGCAGCGACGAGGAUAACGGUCCACUCGGUCUACCUUUUCGUCCGUUGACUCCAAUCGGCCGUUGUGUGCAGAAAAUGAUGGCCACUUACUCGAAUGACUCAAUGGCCACACCGGAAGAGUGAGCUUUUCUUUUCAACUUUCAACUUCUUGAUUGAAAAAAUAUAACGCACAUUCCUGUUUCAGACGAGAGUACGUUUUGCACUGGAGUAUUCCCCGACCGCUGCUUGCAAGCGACAAAAUGCCUCAUCGCAUGUAUGCGUCCAUCGGCAACAACACCAAGAACAUAAUCGCCACUUCCGUUGGAUCUGAUGUCAACUUUAACAUUCAGCCCCAGAUGUAA